UCAAAUAAAACGUAGAUUUGUGGUGAGUCGCUUGCCAGUUGCUUAGUUUACUGUCUUGUUUUGUUUGACUGUCAGGGGUAGGAUAACUGAUUGUUGUGAUAUAGUUGAAUGACUUGUGUUAUCUGAAAAUACAAAGUAAUUAGGAUUUUGAUUUGCUAUUAAAUGCCGCCUGCGAAGCUCACAUCAGCAGGUAAGGGACAGCAGCGUUGGAAACAGACAUGACUGCAGUGGAGAGUCCACACAUGGCUAACGACAAAAUGAAAACGAAGGUUCGACUAAGGAAGAAAAUGAAAACGGGACUAAUGAGAGCAGUGAGAAGACUGUGAGUAGUGCCGGAGACCCUGAAAACCAAACUCUGUCCAAACGACAAAGGAAGAAACUUCUGAAGCAGCAGAAGUGGGAGGAAGACAGGGAGCAACGAAAGCAGAAACGAAAGGAGAGGAAGCAACAGCGUCGGCUGCAGAGGCAGGAAGAAGCAGGAGGAGAUGUUCAGAGUGCCAGAAAACGUCCUCACAGGGAGGCAAUGCCCAGCUCUCUGAGGCUGGUAGUGGACUGCAGCUUCGACAGCUUCAUGCUCAUCAAGGAUGUCCGGAAGCUUCACAAACAGAUCCAGCGGUGCUAUGCAGAAAACAGACGAGCCUUGCAUCCCGUGCAGUUUUACCUAACAAGCCUGGGAGGACAGCUGAAACAGAGCAUGGAUGAAAAGGACAAAGGAUGGGUGAACUGGAAAGACAUAAAUAUUAAAACGGAGCAUUACACUGAAGUUGUGGCCCGAGAGGACCUGGUGUACCUGACCUCAGACUCUCCAAAUGUGCUGAAAGAGCUGGAUCCAAAGAAGGCGUACGUGAUAGGAGGCCUGGUGGAUCACAACCACUGCAAGGGAAUUACCUUUGAAAGGGCAAAGGAGCUAGGGAUCAAGCACGCCCAGCUUCCUCUGAGCAGCUUUGUCAAAAUGAACAGUCGGAAGGUCCUGGCUGUCAACCACGUGUUUGAGAUCAUCCUGGCAUAUCUGGAGAAAGGCAGCUGGCAAGAGGCCUUCUUCACCAUUCUGCCUCAGAGGAAAGGAGUGGUGGCAGUCAACCGGGAUGCCACAGAUCCUCAGGAAAAAGAGGAUGAAAUGGAUUCAGAUUCUUGCUCUGACCCAGAAACAACAGAUCAAACAGAGGAAAGAGCUUAACAUGAGCCACAAAUGAACACAUAUGAACAUAUUGUUUAAGACUGAUAUGAUGGGAAUGAAGGAUGGGAAAAUUUAAAAGGUUUAGAGAAUGAAAUUUCUGUUUCUUGACAUCUUUUUGCUUUUAAGUAUCGAAAGGAUUUCAGUUUAACACAGUUUAAUAACUGUAUUUAAUAACAUUUAACAGCUCAGAUAUUGGUUUUUGGGCACAUUAAAUAGUUGUUGCAGCUAAAUUUGUUUCUUUGUUUGGAGCUAAAGCUGUCAGACCUCUGCCAAACUGACCAAUUAAAUACAAAUGGUAUAAAGGCAACACUUUGACUAUGUUUGUGUCUCAAACAGGGUGCAACUUUUGAGAGUGUAAGCAACAUAUUUCUUAACAAUCCUCAGACUUACUUCAGAUCAUGCAGAACACUUCCUGUAUUUGCCAUGGCUGUUUAAACAAGUUGAGUCACAUAAAGAGGCGGUCACGUGAUUUCAGUAAAAGGGGCCUUGUUUCUGUUUGGUCACAUGAUAUUCUGAAAAACGGUAAAAAAACGGCCUCAUCACAGGCUUCAUUUGGAAACAUGGAAACACCCCCUUUGCUUGACACAGGCCUUGGGACUUUAGUAUAAGAUGUAACAUCAGUACCCCAGGGUUUAUAAUGACUGACUCCAGUACUGCCUUGGCUCGUGAUUUUGUGUUGUAA